AUGUACAGUUCAUUCGGUCUUUGUCGAACCAAGGUCAGUCUCUUCAGUUUGAAUCACAAGACCUUUUACCUCAACGUAACGCGCUCCAAUAUCGUGCGGAUUGUUCUCGAAGAAGUAUCUACUGACCCGAAUUCGGCGGGCUCACAAAUUCCUGAAGUCGUGGUCUGUAGCCCUAGUACCUCUUCGUGUGAUCCCCCUCUUUCGGUCGAUGAAUUGAAGACAAUUGUAGCAGAAUGUCUCGUGCCACCUUCCCCGCCUCCACUACCUUCUCAACCCGUAUUUGUCCAUUCGAAUUCGCUAUGUUCUCCACCCUUUACUUCUCGGUCUUUGCCAAUAAAACCCAAUCGACGAACUCCCGCCCAGCUGAAGCCUGUUCUAUCCGAACUAACCAGCGAAAGCGAAAGCACAAGCACACAGAGAGAUCAGAAUUGGCGUUUGACUGGCGGUAGGUCUACUGCGUCAGCUGCCAAACCCGCAACGCCCAGUCGGUCUCGAAGUGGCCUUCGAGCUCUGUUACGGAGCAAUUCCAUUGUCACUGAUUCCCCCCGAUCAGUUUCGGGCCCUCAGCUCUCUCCCAGCCUUCUCGUGGAAGGUAAAAAAACUGAGGCAAAAUCUGCCGUUCUGGAUUUACUGGAGGAUGGCCUGGAAAUACUGCCGCAAUUUUGGCAAUUGCCUUAG